GUUGAUAAUGCUUGGGAGAGACUAAUGCAUUCAGUUCCAUAUCCCUGGGGUUAUGAUAAUGCUUGGGAGAGACUAAUGCAUUCAGUUCCAUAUCCCUGGGGUUAUGAUAAUGCUUGGGAGAGACUAAUGCAUUCAGUUCCAUAUCCCUGGGGUUAUGAUAAUGCUUGGGAGAGACUAAUGCAUUCAGUUCCAUAUCCCUGGGGUUAUGAUAAUGCUUGGGAGAGACUAAUGCAUUCAGUUCCAUAUCCCUGGGGUUAUGAUAAUGCUUGGGAGAGACUAAUGCAUUCAGUUCCAUAUCCCUGGGGUUAUGAUAAUGCUUGGGAGAGACUAAUGCAUUCAGUUCCAUAUCCCUGGGGUUAUGAUAAUGCUUGGGAGAGACUAAUGCAUUCAGUUCCAUAUCCCUGGGGUUAUGAUAAUGCUUGGGAGAGACUAAUGCAUUCAGUUCCAUAUCCCUGGGGUUAUGAUAAUGCUUGGGAGAGACUAAUGCAUUCAGUUCCAUAUCCCUGGGGUUAUGAUAAUGCUUGGGAGAGACUAAUGCAUUCAGUUCCAUAUCCCUGAGGUGUUGAUAAUGCUUGGGAGAGACUAAUGCAUUCAGUUCCAUAUCCCUGGGGUUAUGAUAAUGCUUGGGAGAGACUAAUGCAUUCAGUUCCAUAUCCCUGGGGUUAUGAUAAUGCUUGGGAGAGACUAAUGCAUUCAGUUCCAUAUCCCUGGGGUUAUGAUAAUGCUUGGGAGAGACUAAUGCAUUCAGUUCCAUAUCCCUGGGGUUAUGAUAAUGCUUGGGAGAGACUAAUGCAUUCAGUUCCAUAUCCCUGGGGUUAUGAUAAUGCUUGGGAGAGACUAAUGCAUUCAGUUCCAUAUCCCUGGGGUUAUGAUAAUGCUUGGGAGAGACUAAUGCAUUCAGUUCCAUAUCCCUGGGGUUAUGAUAAUGCUUGGGAGAGACUAAUGCAUUCAGUUCCAUAUCCCUGGGGUUAUGAUAAUGCUUGGGAGAGACUAAUGCAUUCAGUUCCAUAUCCCUGGGGUUAUGAUAAUGCUUGGGAGAGACUAAUGCAUUCAGUUCCAUAUCCCUGGGGUUAUGAUAAUGCUUGGGAGAGACUAAUGCAUUCAGUUCCAUAUCCCUGGGGUUAUGAUAAUGCUUGGGAGAGACUAAUGCAUUCAGUUCCAUAUCCCUGGGGUUAUGAUAAUGCUUGGGAGAGACUAAUGCAUUCAGUUCCAUAUCCCUGGGGUUAUGAUAAUGCUUGGGAGAGACUAAUGCAUUCAGUUCCAUAUCCCUGGGGUUAUGAUAAUGCUUGGGAGAGACUAAUGCAUUCAGUUCCAUAUCCCUGGGGUUAUGAUAAUGCUUGGGAGAGACUAAUGCAUUCAGUUCCAUAUCCCUGGGGUUAUGAUAAUGCUUGGGAGAGACUAAUGCAUUCAGUUCCAUAUCCCUGGGGUUAUGAUAAUGCUUGGGAGAGACUAAUGCAUUCAGUUCCAUAUCCCUGGGGUUAUGAUAAUGCUUGGGAGAGACUAAUGCAUUCAGUUCCAUAUCCCUGGGGUUAUGAUAAUGCUUGGGAGAGACUAAUGCAUUCAGUUCCAUAUCCCUGGGGUUAUGAUAAUGCUUGGGAGAGACUAAUGCAUUCAGUUCCAUAUCCCUGGGGUUAUGAUAAUGCUUGGGAGAGACUAAUGCAUUCAGUUCCAUAUCCCUGGGGUUAUGAUAAUGCUUGGGAGAGACUAAUGCAUUCAGUUCCAUAUCCCUGGGGUUAUGAUAAUGCUUGGGAGAGACUAAUGCAUUCAGUUCCAUAUCCCUGGGGUUAUGAUAAUGCUUGGGAGAGACUAAUGCAUUCAGUUCCAUAUCCCUGGGGUUAUGGUCUUUGGAUAAAUACUAAAUGUGCUUUGUUCAUUCUACAUAUAAAAUGGAAAUAUAUGUAAACAAGGGAUAACAGUUACUCCAAAUAGGUUAUUGGAGUGGGAGUUUCUGCAAGGGUUAUGUUGAUAACUACAUAAUCUGUAGCUCAUCUGAGAGAUUUCCAGUAGAAUAAGGGAGUUAUCAUGGAAAAGUAAUGUCAGAAUGCAUUAGUCUCUCCCAAGCAUUAUCAUCACACCAAGUGUGUGUGGAACUCUAACCCACCCUACUGGCUGAAUAGUGUGGGACCACUGUGUCUGAUGACCUGUGAACUGUCUCUGGAAUGCUAUGUACUGGGAGAAGAAAGACUAAAGGGGAUAAUGACCUUAUAGUACCAGGCCACUCAUGACAGAAAAACAGAGGCAAAAAGGUGCAUGAUAAAAUAGAUGUUACUGAAAGUUUUUAGUACAAUGUUAAUUAUUAAAGGGAUGAAUAACUAAAUUGGUAAAAUUUGAUUUAAAGUAAACACUAAGGACUGUUAUCCUGAAUAUUGGAUUGGACAAUUUAUAAACAACAUUUAGUUAUGUUAUGAAUAUGGGAAAACUCUGGAAACUAAUCCUGAGACGGGUUGGUUGACAGAACUUGCAGAAUAUUAGAUUAUUUAUUUAGCAAUGUCAUUGUGAUUGGAGUGAUACAUUGGAAUGAAUGGCUGUUGUGUGAUGGCACCCGGGGAUGAGGAGGACAUUACAAAUAGUGGUGAUGUGUUGCAAAUAUGCAGUUAUUAUAAUUUACUUUACUAUUUUUCUUGUUUGGUCAAUUUAUUUUUGUCUUGAGGUAAAUCUGAGGAGAGACUGAUAUAAAUUGACUAGAGAUGAUUUGGGAGUGUUUGAGUACGUAUCGGACUGUGGAAGGAAAUUGGGAGUAGUGAUUUAUGUGUUAUGAGUUGGAGGAACUGUGGUUACAUUGGGGGCUCAUAUGAAGGUUGUGAUAACAGGGGGGGGUGUUAUUUCUGGAGGCGGUGUGUGUUGAUAGACAGGAUGGUUCGAAGAGGGGGAGGAUAGUUGGUCUUGUAUAAAUAGAGACAAUUCUAAGGGUAGAUAGAACAUUACACACACCUAGAUUAUGGUAAAAGUAAUAAGUAGUGGCAUUUUGAAGAAGCUUAGGACUUAGUUUUGUUAGGAUUGGAUAUUAUUUCAACUGGAAGACACUUGACUGAGUACAUGUUAUUCUUACAGCAGUUGCUGUAGGGACCAUAACUUGGAUAUCAUUAUGAAUAUUUUUGUGGCAAGAGGUCAGGUAUUUGAGACAGAAUGUUUACAUAACAUAAUGUUUACAUAGGGCUGUUAUUUAAAAAAGUCUGUUGUCAGGAAAUAACCCAUGUGUUAGUAUUUAUGUUCCCAGGAAAAGAGCACAUAAGACGCCAGAUGGAAGGGCAUGGGCUGAAUUCUGGAGACUGAGUGUACAUCAAGAUACACCAGGCUGGGGAUAUACUUCGUACAGCACCUGCAGUGGAAACCAGACGGAGAAGGGUUCUCCAGCUUCAGCUGGAAUGUCAGUUUGUGUGAUGAGUGAUGGAAGUAAGAGAAUGUAUGGUGUAAUCAUAGAACAGAGGCCAUAAGUCUUUAAGUAUGAAUGCCCCACAGAAAGAAGGCAGAAACCUGAACCAGGAUGAGAGGUUCCACAUCUGAUGAUCCAAGGAGACCAGAAGGACCUCUCCCAGAGGUACCAGGAGAUCUGGUCUACAUCCGAGUGUUCCGGAGGAAGGACCCUACGAGGUGGCAACGGCCACAAUCACGGCUGUCCAAGUGAAAAGAAGCAAGACGUGGUAUAAUCUAAACCACUGUACCGAGUCCCGACGGAGAGAAGGACAACCAUACAGAGGUGGGGACACAGAGGAUGAUGAUUCACCAGAGAGGACCCCGGAGGGAGCAGGAGCAGCGGAAUCGAUCAAAGCCCCGGGGAGGACUCAAGAAAUUGGCAGACCAGAUACAACGACUGCAUCAGCUAACACACUCCGAAGAAGCACCAGGGGGAAAAUAGACUGAAAAGUAAAGAGACAAACGACCAAAGUCUCCUCCAGUAUGGCCAGAAGGCCCAGAAGUGGGGGGGGGUAACAUGUCUGCUACUACUGAUGAUAUACCGGUGGGGGCAGGCCUCUUUGACAGAAGCCCUCUACAGAGGGGCUCCGAGGUAUUGCCUACAGAAUGGGAACAUCUCUUCCCUGAAAUGGAUGCCUUCUCAGAUGGAAGCCAGGUUCGGCCUGAGGAGGGAACAACAGGAGAAGAAAGCAGAGGAGAAGCAUUAUACCAAGAGCAAAAGGAGAAAUCGUGCAAGGAAGAAUAGAAAUCCUGCAAGAUGAAAGAAAUGGGGAUUUCCCUACAAUUGACUUUUCAGCUCUUACCUGAUCUCCAUAAUGAACCAUUGGAAUUAGGACCACGAAAGAACAGUGACAAUGACAGAAUAAGAGCGACUGAGGACAAUACGAAGAUGAUGCACGCACUCACCAUCAAGAUAAAUGAUAAAAGCAGGAAGAGAAGAGAGGAACCUGUCGAACGAGGUAAAAAGACAGGACCUGUUGAUAGGUUUAAGUUCCAUGUUCCGCCACAACUUCUAACAGAACCAGGGGAACAGAGGACAGUUUCUGUAUGGAAGAAGAAACCUGUACCGGAGGAGUCACUCUGUGGAUGGACGCAUCAUAUAACAAAGGGAGAAGCUGUUUGGGACCCCAAAGGAUGUGAUCUGACACUAACCAAAUAUGUGGAAGGCUGGGAGUUUAUCAUGAACAAGAUGACACUAGCAGAAGGUGAAGUAUUUGAAAUUGAAAUAGCAAGAACAGGACUGAGUGAAGGAAACAGAUACGAAUAUGUUAAAUUGGGUCCUAUGCCAGCACCCGAACAAAAACUGCUGGUGACAACCAAAGUAAUGACAACAAUGGUGGCGGCUGCUGUAACGACCAACUACCACUGAGAUGACACCAACUGCUCUUACCAAGCAGACCACAGCAAUCACAAAGACACUUGACACAUCAGAGCCAAAAGGAUUGUGCUGUAUAUAACAUUUGAACUGAAUUAAAUGGACCUUUGUUAGAUGGAAACACUGUGAUUAAAGGAAUAUAUGAAUGUUUUUACAGCCAUAACACUGAAGGAAUUGAUGUAGGAAACACCACUGUAGAAUGUGAUACUAUUUGGGUACUAGAGACUGCUGGGGUUCGUAGGAAUAAAGAUAAAAGGUUGAUAAUGUAUAGAAAAGGGGUGUGUGGUACAAUAACUCAGGUUGCGCCAUCUCUUGCUAAACAAUCAAGACAGAGGUCUUGCGGAUAGUUUCUGGAUGUGUGGAAAUAACAAACUGUUGAAUGUACUGCCAGAUGGGUGGAUGGGUCUUUGUACUUUAGUUAGAGCAAUUCAACAGGUAACCAUUAUUAAAUCACCCCAUGAUGACUAUGUUAACUCUAGAGUUAAGAGGGCGUAUGAGAAAGACGCUGGGGUAUACUUUGAUGCAAUUGGACAGCCUAGAGGGGUACCUCGGGAGUUUAAGGCAAGAGAUGAAGUUAAAUCUGGAUUUGAAUCUAUAUGUUUGUGGAUAACUCCAAAUAAGAACUUAGAGUGGAUUAAUUACAUAUACUAUAACCAACAGAGAUUCAUUAAUUAUACUGAUUCGGCUCUAACGGCAUUGGGGGAACAGGUACAGGCUACCAGUAAAAUGUCUUGGCAAAAUAGACAGGCUCUCAAUUGGCUUUUGGCAGAGAAGGGUGGAGUUUGUGUUAUGUUCGGGGAUGAUUGUUGCACCUUUAUUCCCAAUAACACUGCGCCUAAUGGAUCCUUUGCAAUCGCUAUGGCUAAACUUAAAGGGUUAAGAGAAGAGAUUAAGAAAAAUGCUGGGGUGGACUCUCAUGUUUGGGAUUGGUUGCACUUAGCAUUGGGGAACUGGGGAGACAUGUUUGCUAGGAUGGCCUUUAUGCUGGAAGGGGGGAUAUUGGCUCUGGGUAUUGUAUUUUGUUGUGUUUUACCCUGGGUGAAAUCAUUUGUGAUCCAGACAACGGUUAAACAGAUGUUUGUAAGUAGAGCUGACACUCUGGUGAUAGUUAAUCCUGUGCUGGGUAGGCCAGGCCACUAUACUGAUGGGAAUGGACAGUUAUGCAAUGUGGUUGGUGGACCCCUUGACUGCCCUUUUGGUAAUCCAAACUGCCUGUAUGGAGUGGUCUCUGGAGGUGGUUACACUUGCCAGGGUUUUCAUACGGAUGGUUUACAUGUAGAUGCUGACAUUCCAAAGUCAUAGGACAGUCAACUGAUACGUAUCCACAAAAAGGGUAUUUUCCAUAGUAAAUACAGGGGUACUAUGUAUUUCUAUUUUUGCUUUUGGUCUUGUGUUUUUGUAUGUUUUGUUGAAUGUUUUUUAUAGGUAUAUCGAUGAAUAUAUCUGGGUUUUCUUUUAAUUAAAAGUUAGUUUUGCCAAAAACAUGAAGGUAACAGUGGGAUAUCCCGGUUAUAAGUGUCUAUGGACCAUGUCCUUAAUCUUUUAACAGGUUGGUAUCAUGUUUGUUGAAGAGGUGUCUGAGAGGGAGGAUCAUGUGGAAAGCCUAAAUUUAGAAUGAUGUGUCAAUUUUAUUUUGUAACUGCAUGGAGGCCUCGUGUUUUCUCAUAUUCAAUUUAUUAUUUGACUCAUUGCUUUAUUAUAUAUAUUUUUUCUUUUUCGCGUAGCUGAGUACCUCAGA